AAGUGAAAGGAAAGGUGAAGGAUUUUUGGUGGUAGUUUGUCCGCAAGAAUUACAGUGAGAGAGUAUUUAAACAAGAACAACAAAGGUGGUAAGGAUGAAUUUACCGGUGGGAUAUGAUUUUACCGAUUGAACUGGCGAUGCAAUUACCAUGCGUCUGGACAGCUGGAUGUAAUUGUUGUGUUGUGAAGUCCAUAACCUGCCAGGUGUGAAAGCAAGAACCUCCUCAGUGAAGUAUAACUCAGGUGACAAGUGGGCUCACUUUAAGUGAGAUAACUCUCAUUUCUUUGAGAGAAUUUCGGAUGAGAGAGAAAAACUUUUGACUCUAGAGUUGUUAUUGUAAAAUUAUUCUAUUUUCAAUAAGCAAAUGUUUGUUUCAACAAAUUGUUCCAAUUCACCCUCCCUCUUUUUUACCCUCUCUCUCUUUCAACACGCAAAACCCAAACUCUUCUCAAUUUAUCACCCCACAUUUCACCUCUUUCCACCACACUACAAUUAUACAAUACAACUCCAUGGCUUCAACUGCUUCCAUUUCUUUGAACUAAAAUUCUAACCUUUCAUUUUCAUCAAUUUAUUUAGAGGGAGAAAAAAAGCUGCACCCAUAUCAAAGGUACGGUCCAAAAGGAGCAUACGAGACAAAACAAGUCUACCAAAUUGUGAAUGAUGCAACCAUAAAUGCACUAUACGUUCGAGUAGACAUGCCAGGGGUCCCAGAAGGUGGUGUAAAGAUAGCAAAAUACUCGGACACUCGCACGGUCACCUUCACGGGUAGAGCCCCCGUGCUGUGGACUAACGUAGACACCUCUAAAAGAAUUUAUGCUGGUUAUGUUGUUCUUGAUAGUGACCCUAAUGAAGUUGAUAUGCAAUAUUUUGUUAUUAAUGGUUGUCUUCGUAUGUUCUUCACUUUUUGUGAUGGCUCUCUCCAUUUUCUCUCUACUAAUAAUAAAACUGAUAAUUCAAGUGAACUCACCUCUCAACAUAAUCAAGAUGAAGAUAAAGUUGAUAUUGUGGAAAAUUAGGGGAGUGUCACAAUACUUUCAUUGAACAUGCUUCUGAAUUCUGAUGAACCUUCUGGGAUAAAACUGAGAGGAGGAAGGCUAGACUCAUAUCAACCCAUCUUUGCUAAGCGGGGGCAUAUGAGCACAAAAUCGUUAGUGGUGGUGGCGGCAAACACUCAGCCUGUCAUCUAUGUGCGCUUGGAUGUCCCGAUGGUUGAUUGGAAAAUGUACUGCAUAAAUGAGAUAGAGGAUAGGAGUAUCAUGUUUGCUGUGGAUACUAGUAAAAUGGACUCUCCCUUCGACGAGGGUCAGCGUGGGUACAUUGGAGCCCUGAGGACAAACUGUGAAUGCUGCCUGUAUGAGGUAGUUCAGCAUGACAUUCGAGAUGGAGUCAUAAGGUUCUUGGCUCAAAAGAUUGACUAUCUUAAGGGCUUGGUACCUCCUUCGAAUAUUCAUUCCUAUGAACCUCCCAAACGCGGCAAACCUCCUAGGCCCAAGUCGAUCCUAAAUGUUAGUGUGGUGUUGAAACCUGGAAUGUUCUCGCGCUCUAUGCAAGGGAAAGCUGGGAGCUGUGCUUUUAAAGCAAAGAAGAAACUCUAUUUGCUAAUCAAAAUGACUGUUUUGGCUUGAAAGAAGUUUUGCAAUAUUAACUAAGUAGGUUUGUAAGCAUGGCUAACUGAUAGUUGGUGUUGAAUUGAGCUGAUUGGAUGUAAAUGGUCACUUUCCCUAGAUUCUUAAUCUUGAAUGGCAUGUCAUUUAACUGUCAA